AAUUCGUACUGUUGUUGGAUUUGUUGGUUUCAUUAAAUAUAAUUUAUUAAUUUUAACCUACACAACUAUGCAGUUCUUUUUGCUUAAUAAGUGAAUCAGUAAAUAGCGUGAAAAGUCGUUUAGUUUUAACUGAAUUAAUGUUUUUACUAUCUGUAAUGAACUUUGAAUUAUUAAUAUAUCGUUCUACCUGAGCAUAUCAAGAUGAGUUUCAACUCAAGUGGGAACAAGGGCUUUGGAUUCACUGGCUUUACAAUGCCAAAGCGGAAUAACAAUGCAUCUAUGCAUGCAGUUCCGCCGCCCGCAUGCCAGAUGAAUGCCGUUCCUCCUCCUACCUCUGGACUUUCCAAGCAGGGCUAUUCGACGAUGAACGCGAUCACUCAAAAUGCAGUAACUGGCAAUUGGGGAACGCUCGGAAAAAAACGGUCUAAAACCGAAGAUGAGUACUUUGACGAUGAUGACGAGCCACCCACUCCAGCACUUGCAUAUAUUCCUGCUCCUGGGAGUCCUACAACUGAGGCUUCCAGUUCUCGUGUGGACAAUGAUGAAGAAGAUCCCUUAGAUGCUUACAUGGCAGGUCUAGAACAGCAAGCAGCAAAAGACUUAAAAACCAGUAAGGAAAAUGCUGUUAGUGGAAAAGGUGAUAGCGGAAGGGGAACAAGAGGAGACAUUGACGAAAUGGACGACGAAGAGAGUUAUUAUAAGUAUAUGGAAGAGAAUCCGCUGACAAAUGCGGAUGAUGGUUCUGAUAUUGAAAUUGAAUAUGACGAAGAUGGUAAUCCUAUUCCUCCUCCAAAAAAGAAGUUCAUUGACCCAUUACCACCAAUAGACCAUUCGGAGAUAAAAUAUGAGCCAUUUGAGAAGAACUUCUACACACCACAUGAAGAAAUAGAAAAUCUUACCACAGAGCAGGUUGAGGAACUAAAGAAUAACUUGGGAGUUAAGAUAUCAGGACCAGAUCCACCGAAACCAGUCAGCAGCUUUGCACAUUUAGGCUUUGACGAGCAGUUGAUGAAGGCGAUCCGUCGCUCCGAGUACACGCAACCGACGCCCGUGCAAGCUGCUGGAGUACCGGCUGCGUUGUCUGGGCGAGAUCUUAUCGGUAUCGCGCGCACGGGUUCCGGAAAAACUGCGGCAUUUUUGUGGCCAUUGUUGGUCCACAUCAUGGAUCAAAAAGAAUUGGCACCAGGUGAUGGACCCAUAGGACUUAUUCUAGCACCCACUAGAGAAUUGGCACAACAGAUAUAUAUGGAAGCUAAAAAGUUUGGCAAAGUGUACAAUAUAAGAUGUGUUUGUUGUUACGGUGGAGGCUCUAAAUGGGAACAGUGCAAGGCGUUAGAAGGCGGAGCAGAGAUCAUAGUUGGAACGCCAGGGAGAGUGAUAGACUUGAUUAAAUGCAAGGCUACUGACCUUAAACGAGUCACAUACCUCGUACUGGACGAGGCAGACAGGAUGUUCGACAUGGGCUUUGAACCGCAAGUACGAUCGAUCUGCAACCACGUGCGACCAGACCGGCAGGCACUGCUGUUCUCUGCGACCUUCCCGCGCAGAGUGGAGAAGCUCGCACGGGACGCGCUGCACGACCCCGUGCGCGUGCAGCACGGCGCGGCCGGGGAGGCGUGCCAUCUCGUCACGCAGCACGUGCGAAUAUUUAAUAAACCAGAAGAGAAAUGGCCUUGGUUAUUAGAAAAAUUAGUUGAAUUUCUUUCGUCUGGAAGUGUCUUAAUAUUUGUCACGAAAAAGCUUGAAGCGGAACAGACAGCCGCUAAUCUAGGUGUACAGGAAUAUGAUGCGCUGCUGCUGCAUGGAGACAUGGAGCAGGCAGACAGGAACAAGGUCAUUACGGCUUUUAAACGGCAGGAAAGCAGUAUACUGGUGGCCACCGAUGUUGCUGCCCGCGGUCUCGACAUCCCGCACAUCCGCACGGUGAUCAACUUCACCGUGGCGCGGGACAUCGACACGCACACGCACCGCGUGGGCCGCACGGGACGCGCCGGCGUGCGCGGGGACGCCUACACGCUGCUGGCGCGGGACCGCGACCGGGACUUCGCGGGACACCUGCUGCGGAACCUCGAGGGCGCGCAGCAGGAGGUCCCGGAAGAGUUAACGCAUUUGGCGAUGCAGUCCGCCUGGUUCCGCAAAUCUCGUUUCAAGAUCGGCAAGAGCAAGAACCUCAAUAUUGGAGGGUGUGGUUUGGGAUACAAGGAGCGCCCAGGCCUUCCCGCCUACAAUGAUGAAAUACCAAUAGUGCCCGUGGAGAAGCCCGGAGGACCCGCCACCGACCGGCUCUCCUCACUCAAGCAAGCCUUCCGAUCGCAAUAUAAUCAGUUCACGGCGUCCACGGACCACUCGUGGGAGCAGACGCGCGCGGCGCUGCAGCCCGGCGUCACCGCGCCCGCGCGCCGCGCCAAGCGCAGUCGCUGGGAGUAGUGUAUAUAUGUCUCAUGUGUAAUAAAUGUAUAUGCGUU